GUAGGGUGAGGGCGUGGCUUCAGUUCAGGUGUCGCCGAGGACGGAAGCAAGAGACGUUCUAUAUGUUAACAUUUGGGACGUAUUAAAAAAUGGAUUUGACUCAAGAGGCGAUUUUAAACAUAUUAAUAGAGGGGAAAGGAAAGGUGAAAAACUCUGAGCUUCUGGGCAAGUAUAAAGAGCACCUGAAUUGUAGUGAUCCAGAAGAGAAGAAGAAAAACCGAGAUCUCUUCAAGUCUUUUGUCAACAACCUUGCUGUUGUGAAAGAUUUUGAGGAUACCAAGUACAUUGUUCUGAAGAAAGUGUACCAUCAUUUACUAGAAGCCAAUACAGACCAAAACAUUCAAAGAGAACAGAAAGUACAGGAUGAUGAAGAUGGAUCGCACUCUGAAGAAGAUAAGAAAGAACAACAAUACGUGGAAGAUAGGAGAUCAGACGUGAGGAGAUCUUCCAGCACGGUGGGACCUUCUUUUAUAGAGGCUGCUUUAGAAAAAGCCAAGAAUGUGGACUUUAAACCUGUUAAGUCUUUACAAUUCUCUGUACCUCUAAAAACUGAUGAAGACAACCAUGGAGCAGUGUUUCCAGUCAAGAAAGAGACAAAUGCAAACAAACCAUAUGCGCUACCUUUACGCAUGCCCCUGGUAGAUGUCAGUCAUAACAAGCAAACUGGACAAAAUCCUCAUUCCUCACCUCAGUCUAAGAGGAAACCGUCUACAGAGAGUUUUCUCAGCACCAUUGGGUCUCCACAGUUACGGAGACACUUCAAGACCCCUAAACAGGCCGAGGAGCCAAAGUACUCGAACCAUUGCCCACUGGAUGCCCUUGAACAUGAGUGGCUUGUGAAGUCUGCCGCAGGACAGUGGAGCCAAGUGUACGGCCUCCUGUUAAAAGAGGCUCAGCUUGCUGAGAAAAAAGACUUCAUCUCUGGUUUCACGGCCUUACAUUGGGCUGUCAAGUGUGGAAACAUUGAUAUGGCCGAUGUUAUUAUUCAACGAUCCCGUGCGGUGGACAUCGAUGCUAAAUCUUAUGGUGGCUACACACCACUGCACCUCGCUGCCAUUCACGAUCAGCUUCCUCUGAUUGACCUUCUACUUAAAUUUGGUGCCAACAAGAAUGUGAGAGACAACUGCGGUAAAAAACCCUACCAUUACCUGCAGGAAGCAGUACCAAAAGAACUAAAGGAGCGUUUGGGAGAACCCAAGAUCCGCUGUCAGGAAGUUGUUCAUGUCAGGGAGGAGUUUGACCCAUAUAAACAUCUAAAAACACCUUACCGCCUCUUCCAGAAUAAUCCAGGGGUGCUCAAGAAAAAGAGCAAGACAAGAGUCGUCUCCUUGGCUGAAGAUGGCAGAGAUGAAAAGAGUGAUCCUUUGUUACAUAAACAGAGGCCCAUUUCUAAUGUAUUUUAUUAAAUGUGCUUAAAAAUAAUAAUAUAUAUUGUAUGUAUCAUAUUUAUCAUGCUAUAUAUAUAUAGAUUAUGAAAUGUACCAAACAAUUGUAUCAAAGCUACUUUUCUUAAGGUGGUGGCAUAAUUUACACCUAAAUCUUUCUAAUUGCUUUCUGUCUGUUUAUGCGCCAGGAAUGUUUUGCACAUGUUCUACGAGAUAUUGAGAAAAAAAACAGUAAAAUGCUUUUCUGAUAUGUUGUAGAUGUCCAAAAUUAAAACAAGAAUACAUCAGGAGCCAUUCUGACUUUUAUUUGUCAUUAUUGGUCAAAAAUUGAAAUAUAAUUGAUCAGAGAAUGUUUUUUAUCAUCAAUAUAUUAAACCAUCUGUUUAUAUUUUCAUAAACCUCUAAUGACAGAGUCAGAAAACUAUCAGUCUAAACCAGGGGUUCUCAAACAUUUUCAAUUCAAGGUUCGCUACAAAAUUUGAUAGCCCUCACAUUCAUAAUUUAUGCAUAUAUUUAUAUUUAUACACAUAUAUUUAUUACAAAGGUAACCAAACACUAUAGAAAUAUCUUGAUUUUUAGAUGGGAAUGCCUUGUAUGACAUAAGAGAAUGCAUGUUUGUCGGUUUGUGUUAUGUACAUUUAAAACAAUAAAAACACUCUGAAAUAAAAAUAGAAAUAUCUUGA